AUGGGCCACGCGACUCAAACGACAGACAAGCUCAUUACUAUGUGGGGCGACAACUGUGGCGGAACGGCGCAGACUCUGCUGAUUCGAUCCACGGAUGUCCCGGCGCUCGCGACUAUCCUCUCCGGUGUUCGUGGAGAUAGAGAACCGGACUUUAUGAGCGUACGGAAGAACGUAACGAAGGAAUAUAAGAGCCAAACGCAUAUACCGACGGAAAAAUAUUUUCAUGAAUCAGACUUCCAUCAUCAUUAUGACGGCCGAUUCGCCAACGAAACCCUACCAGAAACAAAAGUGAUUCCUCACCUCUCAGCAUUGAUCCAAACAUACUUCACGACGAUGAACGCCAUCGGCGCUGAAACCUGGAUCAUGCAUGGAACACUCCUAGCCUGGUGGUGGAACCAAAAGAUCUUCCCGUGGGACAACGAUCUCGACGUCCAAAUCUCCGAAGCAACGAUCCAUUUCUUAGCAGACUACUACAAUAUGACUGAGCAUCAUUUCGAUAUCCCCGAUGUCGACGGCGGCCGCACGUACAUGCUCGAGAUCAAUCCCAACUACGUUGUCAAGUCGACGCAGGAUACCUUGAAUCGGAUCGAUGCCCGCUGGAUCGAUAUGUCCUCUGGUUUGUUCAUUGAUAUCACCGCUGUUAGGAAAGAUGAGGAGAAGAGGAGUAAGGGGAGUCCCGAAGCGCUGAUGUGUAAGGAUAAACAUAAUUACGAUGAGAGUGAUAUCUUCCCGCUGCGGGAUAGUCUUUUCGAGGGUGUUUCUGUCAAGAUUCCAUACGCAUAUACGUAUCUUCUUGAAGAAGAGUAUAGCGCCAAAGCGCUUACUCGGACGAGCUUUGCUGGUCAUACUUUCAACGAAGAUACGAAGAUCUGGGAGUCUGCUGCGCGCAAAUUCAGGCGAUUCCUUCGACGUGGAUGGCGCGGUAAUGAUCUACCAAUUCGCACAUCUGAGCUCAUUCCGAGAGCCCGUAUUGAGGCCUGA